CGUGCCUUGGCUUUCAGCUCGUCCACAUCCCAGUUGGCCCAGGCUUGUCGACCCCGGAGGAAAGAGGCCUCUGAACUAGCAAGCCAAACAGUAAAUUCGGCUGGCAAAUUCACUGAAGAUGCGUUAGCCCCGAAUGAUGACUUGGAGCACAUACAACGUACCAGUGUUCAUUGGCAACUGAUCUGCCUGGCCGCCGCUCUUGUGGAAGAUCUCGGUCUCUACCAUACCAGGAUGAAGAGUGGCCACAAACAGCGAUGGGUUCUCCGCCGCCAGGUACUCCAUCAUCUUGAUCAAGGCCAGCUUGGAGCUGAGAUAGGCCGAUAGUCCCGGGACCAUGGUGGGCGGCAACACAGUGGCAGCAGCGACGGCAAUGAUGGCAGCGCCUGGACUAGCCCUGGGGAGAAAGCACUUAGCCGGCACCAUCGUUCCUUUGACAUUGGUCUGCAAACGACGUCAGAAAUAUUUCUCACUUGACAAGAUAAACCUACUCUCGAUGACCAGCAAGGUCUAUCCCGAGCUCCGCACCGCGACUGCCAACUUGACCUUUUCGAACGAUCCCCAAUUCUCACCGCGGUUUUGGGAAGUGGUACAGAUCUUCGUGGCGGGAAUUCAACCGCUGACCGACAUUGGCGGCGUCGCCAUCUGGGAACUAACCAACGGGACAUUCGUAGUAUCCCCCGUUACAGUCCCUGGUGGCACACAGGCACUCUUGCAGACCUGGCUACAGCCUACCUUGGACCUACUGGUUCGGCAUCAGAUGAGCUUCAACUAUACCAUCCAUGAAUACACCACCUUCUACGACAGUUACAGGGAAAUGAACCGGCCUAGCAACGUAACCGAGUACCAGAUCGGCGGGCGCUUGAUUCCACGGUCGACGGUAGACAGGAAUCUCAGCAAGCUGUUUCAUGCUCUGCAGACUAUCACCGAACAUGGAGCUGUCGUGUCUGGGGUGUCGUUGAAUGUCUCCCGCACCCCCGUCCCGGAUAACGCGGUUAAUCCGGCCUGGCGCGACACAGCUAUCUCCAUUGUCAUUGCCAUGCCUUUUGACUACCACAAACGCACUGCGAACCGGAUCAGCCAAGGAUUAAUCACCAACACCCUCCUCCCCUUGCUUGAGGAGCUGACCCCAGGAAGUGGCGCCUAUCUCAACGAGGCUGACAUCAACCAGCCCAAUUGGCAAUCCACAUUUUAUGGAAGCAACUACGUAAAACUGGCCGCUAUCAAGCUCAAGUACGACCCCGAUCAUUUUUUCUACGCUCGCACGGCAGUUGGGAGUGAGUACUGGGUCGAAUCGGCGGAUGGGCGGUUGUGUCAUGCGGUGUGAUCAUGGGGUUGAAGUAGCGAUAAGUAUUUGAUACUUGUAAGAAAGGCCAUAUCCUCACUUUCUCUCGCGGUUACCUCCUCUUCGAUGGUUAUUAAGCCCCUAUCCUUAACUACAUGGACGUCUAUAGAUCUGCUAUCCGCAUAAUCGACUGCUUAGUAAUGUUAUGAAAUUGUGUGCUACCAAGCAUAUCUUCUGAGACCAACCCAGUCCUGUA